AUGUCCGGCGGUUUUCCGGAACCGUAUACGUUUGGGCGUCGCGUUGUUAAUUAUUUCAAGACAAACGCAGACAAAUACGACGUUAUUCAUGAUAACCAGAGCCUCAGCUACGGUAUUUUGCAACUGCAGAAAAUGGGGCUCAAAGUGGUCAGCACCAUUCACCACCCCAUCACCUACGAUCGAGAUAUCGCACUUGCUCACGAAGCAGACUGGGGUAUGCGAUUGUUAAUUCGCCGUUGGCAUCACUUCCUUUCCAUGCAGACAAAAGUAGCCCGGCAACUGGAUCACAUUAUCACCGUCAGCGAGUGUUCCAAGCGGGAUAUCUGCCGUGCUUUUGAGGUCCCGGAGGAGCGUGUGGAAGUCAUCGUUAACGGCGUUGAUGCCAAUACAUUCAAGCCACUGCCUCAUAUUCACAGAGAAGCGCGCUUAUUGAUUACAACCGCCAGUGCUGAUCAGCCUCUAAAAGGCACACAAUAUCUGAUACCUGCGUUCGCAGAACUGCGGAAAAAAUAUCCCGAUUUACAUUUAAUAUUCAUCGGUCAACCAAAACCCGGCGGCACUACGGCAAAAUUGAUUGAGCAGCAUAACCUCGCUCCGGCCAUCACCUUCCGUCAUGGCAUCAGCGCUAAAACCAUCGUUGAACUCUACGCUAGAGCAACGAUAGCCGUGAUACCUUCGGAAUAUGAAGGUUUCGGGCUGCCCGCGGCAGAGGCGAUGGCUUGCGCAGUACCAGUCGUUGCGACAAAUGGCGGUGCACUGCCAGAGGUGGUCGGCAACGCGGGUAUUACCGUCCCGAAAAGCAAUCCAAGGGCAUUGACCGAGGCAAUAAGUAACUUGUUAGAAGACAAAGAGAAACGUGAAGAGCUUGGUGCUCGCGGCAGAGAACGUAUGUUAGAAACCGCCUAUCUGUUAGCACCCAUAGAAGUCUAUGCAGUCGACUUGAGCGCCACAGACCUGACAACUGCCAAGCAACGCCUGCAGGAGUUCGACCAGACACCGUACAAAAGCAGUCAUCACUGCACAUUUAUUCGCGCCAGCGGCCUGAAGCUGCCAUUUGCGGACAACAGUUUCGACAAGGUGAUCUGCGCAGAAGUUUUGGAGCACAUUCCUAACUACCAGGGUAUGCUGCUAGAGAUCCGACGUGUACUUAAACCUGGGGGUAUAUUUGCAACCAGCGUCCCCAGGUUCUUCCCCGAAUGGAUCUGCUGGAAAAUCAGUGACGCUUACCACGAAGUUGAAGGCGGGCACGUCCGCAUCUUUACCAGCGGCGAAUUGCGCCGCGCAGUCGAAUCUCUACGCAUGCGGCGAUUCGCGCGACACUGGGCGCACAGCCUGCAUGUUCCCUACUGGUGGUUGCGCUGUUUAUUCUGGGAGCGAGGUGAAGAUGCAGCUGCGGUACGAGCAUACCAUCGCUUCCUGGUGUGGGAUCUGAUGCAGAAACCUGCCCUCACGCAAUGGCUUGACCGUCUGCUCAAUCCCAUCAUGGGCAAAAGUGUUGUCAUGUAUUUUGUGAACGAGCUAACCGCCCAAUAUAUAGCUGAUCUGCAGCUCUCUUCAGGUGCUCUGCCCUGGUUCAACGGCGGCAUUAUCGAUCCCUGGGAUCAUGUUGAAGCGAUCAUGGGUUUAACCAUUGGCGGUCACUACGCAGCAGCCCGCCACGGCUUUGAUUGGCUGUCGGAUACCCAGAAAAGUGACGGCAGCUGGUUGGCGGCCUACGACGAUGAAAAGCCGGCUGACGACACCCGAGCAGAAACCAAUUUUGUGGCUUAUCCCGCAACCGGACUCUGGCAUUACUGGGCUGUAACCAAUGACGUUAAGGCUGUCGAAGAGUAUUGGCCGAUGGUUAAGCGGGCGAUGCAAUUUGUUGUUGAUCUGCAAACACCUGAAGGCGAAAUCUACUGGGCGGUAGAUCCUGUCAAAGGCAUAUCCCGCGAUGCCCUGAUUACUGGUUGCAGCUCUAUCUAUAAAUCGCUGCAGUGCACCGCUGCAUUGGCCACACUGAGGAAUGAAGAUCCAGAGCCGUGGCUGACAGCACGCAAACAUCUGGGGCACGCGAUCCGCUCCAAACCCCACCUGUUUGAUCGCACCUGGCCCUCAAAAAAGCGCUAUUCCAUGGACUGGUUCUACCCGGUUCUGACAGGCGUUAUCCAGGAAGACGCAGCCAGCACACGGUUAGCCCAGCGUUGGGAUACAUUUGUAGAACCAGACCUGGGCUGCAGGUGUGUCGAAGAAGAGCCCUGGGUCACUGUGGCGGAAACCUGUGAGCUGAUCAUGGCAUGUCUCAGCGCGGGCAAGCGUAAAGCCGCAGAAGAGCUGUACAACAACAUUCAGCGAUUUCAGAUAGAGGAUGGAAGUUGGUGGACCGGAUACGUUUUUACCGAUGACGUCCACUGGCCUGACGAACGACCCAGCUGGACUGCCGCCGCAGUACUCCUGGCUGCAGAUGCCUUAUUUCAUAUCACACCAGCGCAUAAUAUUUUCAAAGACCACAGCGCUCCAGCAAACAUCUGA